AUCAUCACGAUGCUAAACCUCAACUGGGUGUUUUUAAAAUGACGUCAUUAAACUGCGACCGAGGAGAAAGUCAGCAGAUGACAUCGGUUUGGAUGGACUUCACAGAGUGUUACUCUGACACCGUCUCCAGUGUUGCUGCAGCAGCUCGCUCGGGUUCUGUGAAGCUCAUGCGACAUCUGAUAAGACAAGGCCUCAGCGUGGACUGUCAGGACAACCGUGGCUGGAAUGCUCUGCACGAGGCGGCAUCUGCUGGUAACAAGGAAUGUGUGCGGGAAAUUCUUUCUGCUGCUGCAACACGCUCUUCCCGUGGCAUCCAAGCCUAUGUGAACUCUUUGACGUUUGAGGGGGAAUCUGCGUGUUACCUGGCAGCGCAGCACGGACACGUGGCUGUGGUCCGACUCCUGCUGAACGCAGACGCUGACAUCAACCAGCUCACCAAUGACCUGUCCUGUUCUCUCUAUGCAGCUGUAAAUGGCGGCCAUAAGGAGGUUGUGGAACUGCUGAUCAGUAAAGGUGCAGAGCUGGACAGACCACAUACUGCCUCCUGCUGGACAUGCCUUCAUCAAGCUGUUUAUGAAGGUCACAGUGAAAUUGUGCGCAUGCUGGCUAAUGUGUGCAACCUUGAGGCACGAGACGACCACAAGAUCACUCCUCUCUUUCUGGCUGCUCAAUACGACCGUCAGGACUGCCUGGAAAUCCUUGUUAACGCUGGUGCUGAUGUGAACAGUCAGGCAGAGGACUUGGCCACGCCGCUGCUGAUCGCCUCUCAGGAGGGUCAUGAGGGUUGUGUGAAUUUUCUCCUGGACCAUGGGGCUAACCCAAACCUCGUCUGCAGCCGGGACUGGCCCCAGUUUCCCAUUCAUGCCGCCGCUCAGUUUGGCCACAACAACAUCCUCAGGAAGCUGAUCGCUCUUACGGAUCGUGCGUGUGACAGCGGUGACGGCAUGGUGAGUCCAAUAUAUGUGGCCAUCGAGAGCUGUCAGAGGCAGAGCAUGGAGCUCCUCUUGAGGGAAGGCUACAGUCCGGAUGCACAAGACUGCUCAAACCUGGUGGGCCCCCUGUCACCACUGUCCUUUGCCCUGGAUUUGUCAUCUGAAGGAGUCAGUGACAUGGUGAGGUUGCUGGUAGGUGCAGGAGCAACUUUGAAAGAGGAGGAGUGGACCUCCGCCUUGGCCACGGACAAAACAGACCUCCUGCAGCUGAUUCUGCAGCACAGAUGGAUCCCUCAUCCAGAGACACCGUCACCAAAUCGUCAGGGCAAAAUGCUGUUAACGCCGCAGGAACGGGAGACGUUGAUUUGUGCGGCACUCGGUCAGGUGCAGUUUGGUGCCUGCUGGAUGCCGCUGCUUUUGAAAGCUGGAUUAGAACCGUCCUUACUUCUGCACCCCUACAUGUUUGAGAAGGCGGUCAGCACAGUGUUGAAUUACCUGCUGGAGUUUGUAAACUGGUCGACUCUGUCGCCACCUUUACAGCUUAUUCUGGAUCGCAGGCGGGUAGAGAAAACCUGGGAGCCGUAUUCACAUUUUGACCAUGUUCCCUGUCUUUCCCACCUCUGCCGGCUGCAGGUUAGGGCCGUGUUGGGAUCAGAUGUAUUGAUGAGGACCGACGUCGUCCGGCAGCUUCCUGUGCCCUCCCUGCUUCAUAGCUACCUCCGGUUCAGUGACAUCCAGGAGCCUUCACAUGAACGCUCAGAUGUGCAGCCAGUUUCUGAUCAAAUAGAAGAACACCUCAGACCUCAGUAACACAGACAUGGUCUAUAAAGAAUAUAGAGUGUAUACCUACUGAUCAGCAUUCUACAGAACUCAUAAAGACUUAAAUGUUUUAAAAUUACACUAGAUCUUGAUCUCAAUCCAGUUUCACACCAAGCUGUGUGGAACUGGAGCUUAAAAUGUCCUCAAAGCUGUUUUGCAUUGUUAAAAAAAACCUCAUACAUUUUCAAUACACACACACACACAUAUAUGGAUUACAAAUUCCAUGUGCGAGGAUGCAUACAAGUGCAUCAUUUCUGCACAGUUUGUCUCUGCUGAAUUUUAUGGUGAUAGCUCCAGUGUUUUAAUCACAUUUUCAAGGUGUGGUGGAAAUAACUGGGCAGAAGUGAUGAGCUGGUGGGUGUGUGAUCUGCUGUCACAGUCUGAAAUCACUUAAUCUGAUCAUAUGCGUGUGUAUUUAUAAAGAUAUGCGUUGCUCAAGCAGAGUUUCUUUAAUAUCUCAUCAGCUGUUUGUUGGAUUGAUCCGUUAAAUGUUAUAAAUUAUAUCUGAUACUUGGCACACAUUGUUCUGUUCUGGUUGUGUCUCAGCACAGAUUUGGAAUGACAAAGUCUUGAAUAAAAAUAAAAAAAAUCUCAACACUAUUUAAUUGUGGUGGGGGAAUUUAAAGCAGAUUGUUUUUGUACAUGCUGCAAAAUCCUCAAGCAAAAUUGAUGAGAUUAAAAAACAUCUGUAUGUGAGCUGUAUGUUGUUAUGCAUUCUUCUAUUUGUUUUGAUAAAAUGUACCGUGCAGAUUUGUG